AUGUAUAAUUCCCUACUUGAAAAAGAAGCCAGAAUCCAAGCCAACAGGAGCAAGGGGUACAAGACAGAGAAGAAAACAAUCAAGAAAAAGCUGAAGAUGCGUGGCAUGUCCACCAGUUCUGGUAAAACUGAUAAAGAUGAAGUGAUGCUGGUACCUGAGGGAAAUUCUGAGGAUGAGGAGAUUCUCUCUGAUGAUUGUGUUUCUGAUGAAGACAGCUCAGAAGAAGAGAGUCAGAAGGCGUCUAGUACAGUGAUGAUACUAAAGGAGGACCCGGAGUUUAAACCCAAAGGUUCCGUCCAACCACAGGGCACUUCUAAUGUGAGGUCACGACCAAGAAGAAAUGUAGGUAAACCAGUGAAGUACACAUCAGACAGUGAGGAUGAAAUAAUGUACCUAUCAGACAGUUCCACUGAGGACACAAGGAAGACCAAAGCAUCAAAGAAUAAAGGCAAAGGCAAAAAGAGCAGUCCUUCAGUGAAUGUAGAACCUUUUUCAAACUCACCUCCUGAAAACUCAUCACUAGAAAUGAACACAGUUGUAGCAAUACAGAAUAAGCAGUGUAAUACUCUACCUCAGACUUUAGAUGCCACUGUCUCUCUUACUGGUGCUAAACUCUCUCUAAAUGGCACCUCAGUCAUUGUAGAUGGUGCUUCUGUGUCUUUGGAUGGUGCCCCUGUCUCAAAUGGUGCCCGAACCUCAAAUGGUGCUUCUGUAACACAUGGUGAUAAUUUCUCAGUGGACACUGCUACUGUCUCUUUAAGUGGUGCUUCAGUUUCUUUAGGUAGUGAAGUAGUCACUGUGAGAGAUGCUACAGUUACUCUUGGUGCCACUACUGCCUAUAAGAAUGGUUCCCAUGGCAAUACCAGCACAGUUGUUGCAGGUGCCACUAAAGUCUGUGCUGAAACUGUUCCACGUACUGAUGGUGAAGUUGUUACAGACCCUGUAUGUGAAGGUGUCUCACAGUCUGUUACUGAAAUUUCUGCACACCCUGUACAAGGUGGCCUAGCAGACACUGUAGGUGAGGUUAUUGCUGAAACUGAGCAAGACGCCGAUGUGCAAGAAAAGUCAUAUUGUGCACCAGAUGACCCCAAACUAGCACCAGUGCAGGCUGCAGAUAGUGAUGUCAUUGAAGGGCAGGGAUCAAGUGGAUCUCACCGCGAGCCUGCCCAACCCAGGGGGAGAAGAGGAAGAUCCAAGUCUGCACCAGCACCAAAACCAUCAUCCCCAAAUGUCAAGAGCAGACCCAAAAGAAACAUCAAGAAGCCUACCAGAUAUGAUGAAGAAGAGAUAUUUGUGCCAGCUAAUAUAAGGAAACUACUUCACCAGACUGACUCAGGGGUGGAACAAAAGGAUGACCACUGUCAGAUACUAACCAAGUCAGCCAAACAUGGGAGAAAGUCAACCACUGUCUUGGAAGGUAAUACAGUGUGCCAAGUCCCAGAAGAAUCAACUUUAAACAUCCAAUUCAAGGAACCACGGCAAGAUGGUACUAUUCCAACCCAGGCAGACGCAUCAUCUGAGAAAAAUAAAGAAGUUCAUAAACCAGAUCUGGUAUCUCUGGCUCUGGUGCCUGUUAGACACCAGGGCACAGGUCCAGUAUUAACAGUGAGACUGGAGAAUAUCAGGGUGAGAUCCGAGGACCCUGUGGCCACACACUCCACCCCUGUCACUAACGGUCAAGGUACCAUCAUCCAGAACCAGCCAGGUGUGUCCACCCUCCAGCUGACCAACACCACCUUCAAGAGAACCGUCCUGCCGAGCUGGCGUCCAGAGAAAAUUGCUUCUGGUCAACCACAGCCACUGCCUCAGUUGUCCAGUGUGUCCAAAACAAUCACAGGUGACAAAUCCAGACUUAUUAAGCAUGGUACAGGUCCUGUGGAGAUGUCCAGUGGACACACCACCAAUGUAACUGACCAGUCCAAGUGGCCAAAGACAGAACCAGCCACACCAGAAUCUCCUGUGCCCCCAUGUGUUGGAGUGGAGACUGAAGUUGCCACAACCCCAUACUCCUUGAAGAAGGAAAAACCCUGUAACUCUCCCUUAGUGAAGCAGGAAUUCAGCUUGAAGAAGUCACGGAAGAGGAAGAGUGCCCCUUUUAUACCUGGUGCCAAAGUCCAUCCUUUGCCAAAUUUACCACCCCUGCCAAGUCUUGAGUUGCCAGAUCUUGAUGCUGACGUCUCCAGUGGUAAGAAGAGGAAAGGCACGGUGUCUGCUCCCAUAGUGAUAGAUGAGGAUUCUCUACCAGAUGUGGAUGUGAAAGAGAACAUUCAAAAUCAAAGUCCAGGUGCCAAGGACCUCAGUAGUGAUGGUCGCACUCAUUGUGUUGGUCCAAGAACAACUCUAAUUGUCUGUCCUCUGUCUGUGCUCAGCAACUGGAUUCUGUCACCUGCAUCUGUUGUUGCCGGUGUCGCCAUGUACUUUCACUAA